AGCAGAACUUUCGAUAAAAAAGAUGAAAACGAUUUUUUAAAUGAUGAGAAAAGUUUUUUUAAAUAUUGGAGUAAUUCUGUAUUAAAACAAUCGCAUUAAUUAUGGGCAAGCAAAUAUUCAUGAUAAACUGUAUUUUUAGCCAAGUUUAGAGAUUUAAUGCUUGACUUAAACCGAGAAUUUUUUAAAUGCAAAGUAACUUGACUAAGCUUGGCACAUCUUGUAUAAUAAAUUCGGCUUGCAUCACUUCCCAUGGACAUAAAUCAUAUAAUAUUUUGAAAUUUGAUAUUACUAUACAAAAUCAUGUAAUUGUGUGAAGGAAGAAUUAAGCUUUUUCUAUAUGGAAUACCAUUAGCGCAAUUUUGUCCUCGUUUUCAUUCUGUUUUACGUAUUUUACUUUCUGCGUAAACAUGGAGGCAAAAUGUUUCCUAUCCUCGUGAUAUUUGAGGCUUGUGGUUAAAAGUCGUGACCUUAUAAGUGCCAGCGUCGCAAACUACAACUUGACGCCUUGUGAAAAUUUUGAUUUGGAAAUUUGUAGCCGAAUGGAAAAUGUAGGGUUUUUCUUGUUACGUGUGAAUUCAAUCAUGCUGCUUGUUGAAUCAAACAGUCUUUUGUCGGAAGCACGUUGGCCUACAGGUGAAUAUAGUCUACCGAAACCUAAAACAGGAUGUCCAGAUAAUUCCUGGAAAGAAGGAUGGCUAAGACAAGAAAUGGAAAAUGAUGACAUAAAUGACAAAAUAAAUGUCAAAAGUAAAUUUUCUUCAAAUUUUCAUAUGAAUGCAAGUAUUAUUAAUGGAACUGAAGGUGGACAAUAUGAGAUUAUUGACAGAGAAUUUUGUACAAAGAAUUCAAUAUUCAGUGGAAAUAAAACUACUUGGAAAUACUGGCCAAAAGGAAUGUAUUGUAUUUACCAAAAGAAUGAUUGUCCGUAUAACAUGGAUGAAGGCUGGAUUCAACUUGAUGACGAAGAUAAUUUUGGUGGUAUAAAUCGAAAUAAGCAUAGAGGAAUUUUACCAAAGUUUUCACAGAGCAUCUCCAAUCUGGGAGCAACCAGACUAUUUUACUGCUGUCAAACAGAAGGGCAAUGGUACAACCCGGUUGAGUUGCCCACAGAAAAACCGUUUUAUUUGUUACCUUACAAAACGCCCAACUGUCAGCGCAUCUUGUGGACGGUCAGCUCUCUCGAAUACAUUGUUUAUGAUACUGAGAAUGAUGUGAAUGGAGAUAAGUUCUUUGGACAUCAUGUAUACACAAAUAAAGUGAAAAGCUUACCAAAAAUAUUUUACUGUUAUUACGCAGGAUGUCAGUAUGAACUUCAUGGAAAUACUGGAUUGUUCAGUUCACCAUAUCUCAACAACUCUUUUUCCGAUUUCCAUUCUUGUUCAUGGGCAAUAAAAGUUAAUUUAACUCUAAAAAUUUCUGUGGUAUUUAAGCAGUUAUUUUUUCCUAACUGUCAACAUAAUUCUUUGGCAAUUUAUGCUGGACAGAGUGAAAACAGUUCGAUGCUGUUGGCUGUAUAUUGUGGCAGAAAUGCAACUUCUCGUGCCCAGAUAAAUUCCACAACGAAUGAAUUAUUCAUUGUCAUGAAACACAGACAAACUAACAGUUCAAGGUCAACAAGGUUUGGUUUCGAUGCCCAUUAUAAAACAAUUUCAAAUAUUAGAAGCUCCCGCAGAAAAGGAUCACAAUUAUUAAAAAUACUCCUACCAAUCCUUGCAUUGGUGGUCAUUGUGAGUCUUGGUGUCGUCUUCUUUGUAUGUUUUAAAAGGUGGAAAAAAAAUCAAGCUUUGCAAGAGGACGUUGCAGACAAGAAUAUUUCAAAUAAAGACAUGUACGAUACUCCCAAUUUAUCAACUUCAAAACAAGAUCAAUAUGGCGAUGACGACGUAAACUCUUUAGAAACAUCAAAUCCGAUCUAUGCCUCGGAGUUCAGUGAUGGAUAUGCAACUAUAAAAGAUUUAGAGUUGUUUAAUGCAAAUGAAAAUGUAUUGUAUGAGCCUGGGAAUCCGCAAGAUAAAAGUUUGAAAAUUGACAAUAAUUACUCGGAGUCGUUUAAUGCAAAUGGCAACACGCUAUAUGAAUAUGAGCCUGCAAACCCACAACAGGACAAAUUGAAAAUUGGCAAUGCAGGAAAAUCCCGAGGGUCAAUUGACAUUGAACAAUAACCUUAAAUCAAUGACCGAGCUCGAGUGCUAGAUUACUAUUUUCAAUAUCUGACUUAGUUUAUAUUUUGGUUGUUUUUGAACAAGAGGUGAGGUAUGUGCAUGCAAAUGCGGCUAGUUUUGCGCAAAUGAACAUGGACAAUAGUUAUUAAAAUUAACAAUAUAGAUUUUAAAUGUAUUUGUAUUUUGGGGCGUAGAUUAUUAUGUUGCCAUUUAGCUAUAUUUUGUUUGAUAUUUGUGGAUUGAGGAUGUGCAAUUGCCAAAGGAAAGAUUUUGGUGACUGUGAAGCUAUUCUGGACAUUGAUUGAAGAUGACGGGCUGAAAAGAGUAUUUGUGUCAGUCGUCGGAUUUGUUUGAAAAGCAAUGGAAUUCUGUGCAAAGCCACAACAAAGAGAAUAAAGUUAUGUUUAAUGUAUAGACCCUGUCGAAGAUGAAAAAGAUAGGAGAAGUAAAAUUUACGCUAUCUAGCUAACAUGAAUUCUGCUUAGAUAAACUUAAUUUUUUAACUAUUGAUUUUAUAAACAGAAAAAGAAAUACGUGUGACCAGUCACUUUAAGCUUUAUUGAAAUAAAUGCAUCAUCCAGCAGGCCUCACGAAGAUAUCUGGAAAAUACCAAAAUAAAAA